AUGUAAGAGAGGAGGUGGUGUUGGUAGGCCUGGAGUGUCUACCACCAUAGCCACACCAUGAGUGUCUACCACCAUAGCCACACCAUGCACGGCGUCUUCACUAUAUUACUACUAUUAUCUGCUGUCAGUUUUAUCCCCUCUAAGAUCCUGGCAGAACCUCCACGACCAAGUGAAGAUUUGUCCAGCUCAGAGAUUUGUAUACCACAUUCACCUAAAGUUAAUUGUUCUUUCUUACCUUUGGAAUUCCUAGAAUGUGAAAAACCAACAGAUCAUCGUGGUAAUGAGUCAGCUCGCGAUGAUGAAGGUUAUGGUUGUGUGAAGUUUGGAGGACAAAGGUUUGAGGAUGUGGAAAUUACAAAAGUAUGGUGUUCAGUCCUGGACGGCAUCGACUGCUGUGGUGAGAGAAGAUUCCUCCGUGAUGGCUUUCCUUGCAUCAAAUACAGUGGACACUACUUUGUAACAACACUAAUAUAUAGUGUUCUGCUUGGAUUCCUAGGCAUGGACCGCUUUUGUCUUGGGCAAACUGGAACUGCCGUAGGAAAGCUUCUCACAAUGGGUGGUGUUGGCAUCUGGUGGAUUGUUGACAUUGUUCUGUUGAUAACUGGAUCUUUAACUCCCGAAGAUGGAAGCAAUUGGAACCCUUAUGUGUGAAGAUUUAAUUUUUUUAGAGUUUUGUCUUUGUGUCAGUUAAAACCUUUAUAAUUUUUUUAAUUAUCAGUUAAACUUUAUAUAUUACGUGUAUUCUGAAACUAAAAUUGUCUGUGCCUAAAAAUUGCAACGUAGAUAUUCUGGUUUGAAAAAGAUUCAACAUGGCUUCAGUAACUUAUAACAAUGCCAAAAAGUAUCGCUUUCUUGGCCUGGAA